AUGGAAGAACCACUAACGAUCCACCCAGCUCCAUCUGGGCUCAAAGCAAGCGUGUGGAUUCAUUUUGGUUUUCAUGGCAGGAGCUCUAAACAUGUAGAUAGAACGCAUGCCGUCUGUCGACAUUGCCACACUAAACUGAAGAACUGCGGCAAUACGAGCAACUUGAGGGCCCACAUUUCCCGCUUUCAUCCAGAGGAGGCAGUGUGGGUUAAAGACGACCGCCUGAAGCCCGUCAUCCCACCGAAUCAGCGCACUCUCCACGAUAUGACAACAAAGUUGGCCCCGGGCUCGGAGAGAGCUAAGAAAAUCACAACGUCGAUAUCUUAUUUUAUAGCUAAAGAUAUGAGGCCAUACAGUGUGGUUGAAAACCAAGGCUUCCGCUACAUGGUCCACAGUAUGGAGCCAAGGGUAGCAAUAACUUGCGAUGCCUGGACCUCCAGAGCCACCGUCUCAUAUGUGACAGUUACAGCUCAUCAUGUCAACAGUGAGUGGAAGCUAAUUUCAUACGUGCUUCAGACGAGAGCUAUGGAUGAUAGCCACACGGGCGCUAAUAUGUGCGAGUUUCUCAAAGCUGCGGCGGACGAGUGGGGGAUAGAGACACACGACCUGGUUCUCGUCACAGACAACGCUUCAAAUAUGAACGUGGCUGCAGAGCUGGGCAACUUUCUACAUGUCCGUUGUUACGCUCACACCCUAAACCUCGCCUGCCAACGAGCACUGAAGUUGCCCGCUGUAGCCCGACUGUUGGGUCGAGUCAGACGGAUCACCGCCUUCUUCCACCGCAGCACCACAGCCAGUCAUGUGCUGGAACAAAAGCAGGCCCUACUCGAACUGCCUAAACACAAACUGAAGACAGAUGCUCCAACAAGGUGGAAUAGUGGCUUUGACAUGGUUGAUCGGUUCCUUGAACAGCAGCCUGCCAUCUGCGCUGCGCUCCUCUCCCCUCAAGUAAGUCUGGGAUUUAAGAUUUAA